CGUCCGGUCUCGGAUUUCUAGUCGGAGGGCACAAAGUGACCGGAGCCGCCGUUAUGUACCGAGCCGGGCUUUUCCAGGGGCUGCUGCUAUUCCUGCUCCCGGCACUGAGUAGAGGUUACUUCCCGGAGGAACGCUGGAACCCCGAGUCUCCUAUCCGGCCGCCCACCGUCCUGCUCUCCCUGCUGGCCAGGAACACCCAGGGGUCCCUGCCUGAGGUUUUGGGGGCUUUGGACCGGCUCAGAUACCCCAAGGACCGGAUCUCCCUGUGGGUUGCCACCGAUCAUAAUUUGGACAAUACAAGCAGCAUUCUGAGAGAAUGGCUCAUAAACGUGCAGAGCCAGUACCACCACGUGGAGUGGAGGCCACAGGAACAUCCCAGAUGGUACCAGGACGAGGAGGGCCCCAAGCACUGGUCACGCAACCGCUACGAAUACAUCAUGAAGCUCCGUCAGGCUGCGCUAACCUCUGCGCGGGAGAUGUGGGCCGACUACAUCAUGUUUGUGGACGCCGAUAACUUAUUGACCAACCCCAACACGCUAAAUCUGCUGAUCGCUGAAAACAAGACCAUUGUGGCUCCUAUGUUAGAGUCCAGGGCGGCAUACUCUAACUUCUGGUGUGGGAUGACAAGCCAGGGAUAUUACCGGCGCACGCCGGCAUACAUGCCAAUCCGGCGCAGGGAACGGCGAGGCUGCUUUGCCGUCCCUAUGGUUCACUCCACGUUUCUGAUCGAUCUACGCAAAGAGGCUUCUCGCCAUCUGGACUUCUACCCUCCUCAUCCUGACUACACUUGGGCCUUUGAUGACAUCAUCGUCUUUGCCUUUUCAUGCAGGCAGGCAGAUGUUCAGAUGUUCCUUUGUAACAAGGAGUCAUAUGGAUACCUCCCGGUUCCUCUGCGAUCUCACAGCUCCCUCGUAGAUGAAACGGACAACUUCUUACAUACGAAGCUGGAAGUAAUGGUAAAGGGCCCUCCUGCAGAACCAUCACAGUUUGUGUCCAUUCCGACAAAAAUCCCAGACAAGAUGUCCCUGGAUGAGAUCUUUCUCAUUAAUCUGAAGCGGAGGGCGGACAGAAGAGAGCGCAUGAAGAGGACGCUGUAUGAGCUGCAGAUAGACUACAAGCUGUCGGAGGCAACGGAUGGAAAGGCCCUGAAUGAGUCGGAAGUCCUAGCCAUGGGUGUAAAGAUGCUUCCUGGGUACAAGGAUCCAUAUCAUGGACGCCCUCUAACCCGUGGAGAAAUGGGGUGUUUCCUUAGCCACUAUAACAUCUGGAAGGAGAUUUCUGAACGCUCGCUUGAAGUCUCGGCUGUGUUUGAAGAUGACCUACGAUUUGAAAUCUUCUUUAAAAGAAGGAUGCAGGCGCUCCUGCAGGACAUAAAGAAAGCCCGCUUAGACUGGGACCUCAUCUAUUUAGGCAGAAAACGGAUGCAGGUGGAUGAACCCGAAGAGCCUGUUCCCGGGGUCCGUAAUUUAGUGGUGUCGGACUAUUCAUAUUGGACUCUGGCAUAUCUGAUCUCCCUGCGUGGGGCGAGAAAACUGCUUAAUGCUGAGCCCUUGUCGAAGAUGUUGCCUGUGGAUGAAUUCCUACCGGUCAUGUAUGACAAACAUCCUAUCUCUGAUUAUUCCAAGCAAUUCUCACCGCGGGACUUGCUCGCCUUCUCAGUGGAGCCCCUCCUGUUGUAUCCUACACACUACACUGGGGACGAAGGCUACAUUAGUGACACUGAAACCUCCGUGGUGUGGGACAAUGUGACGGAGUCCACCGAUUGGGACAGGGCCAAGUCACAGAAGACGCAACAGCAAGAGAAGCUGCGGAGCGAAGCCAUGAAUACCCCAUCCCUACGUUCCUCCUUCGACAAUGCUGCCCGAGAUGAGUUAUGACACGGCAGUGGCCUACUUCCCUAACCUUUACAGCUUUAAUACACCAGCAUCAAAGUUCUGAGCAUAGAGUGCUGCUCGUCGCUGAAAAACGGGACGCCUGGGAUUCACUAACUUAUUGCCGCAGUAAUGAUCUCCUACCAUGACCCAUUUCUUCUCUAAUGUAUUCCCACGGAACAUCAAUGCUGGUUACUGGGCUAUAUCUCUGCAUGGGACAAAAGGGUGCUUUUAUUUUUAGAAUAAUGUAAAUGCCUUAUUCCAGGAUUAUCCAAUAAGUAAAAUAUUAAGCUGUA